UGACAGAAGCGGCCGAGGUUGCUAUGGUGAUAUUCCACCUCCACCGGUUUAUUGCUAUUUUGAGGCGCUUGGGUGGUCUCUUUCAAACCUUCGAGAUCGUGUGUGGUCCCAAGACAAGUUUUUUUGUAUUUAUUUGUUUUCUUUACUCGUUCAAUCGUGUUAGACGGUCGGAGUGCCAGUCGUCAGGCGGUUGGAUUCGUCCGGUUUCGCUUUCUACCGUCCAGGUCUAAGAAAGGUCUACCUGGGUUCUGUCGUAAAAUGACCGUCCACGUGAGCACAGUCCUGCCUUUCGAUACAACGGUACUCGUAAACUACGCGUUUUCAUAAUUCGAAGAGAGACAGAGUGAAAAAUGACGCCGGCGUUGUUGAUUUUUAUUUUCUGCGUCGGUUUAUCGUUUUGCGUCCAGGACAGGACGUCGUUCGCCGUCCAGGACAGGACGAAAGUCAACGGAUCGCGUAAACUGAAAGAAACUUUGGAUUUGCCCGAAAGGACGCUUUUUGGACUCAACAGGUUUCAUCCGCCUCUCGUCGAGGGAAAAGUCAGCUACUGCACGAGACCUGCCAAAUGCGAAGAGCUCAACUACACGACUUGCAUGGGUGCCAAGCUGCCUUAUACCAAGACCACGUUGGAACUGGUCGACGGCCUCUCUUCCCAGGAGCAAGCCCAGGAACAACUGGAAGAAUGGAAGCGGCUCGUACAGCACAUACCAAAAUGUUGGCAGGUCAUCCAGUCAUUCCUCUGCUCGAUAUACAUGCCGAAAUGUGACAACGGAGAAGUCUUCUUGCCUUCCUUGGAGAUGUGCAAUGCAACAUUAGGGCCUUGUCGAAUUUUAGCAACUUACCAGCCCUGGCCAUCAAUUUUUAGAUGUGAUAAUCAAACAAGAUACCCUACUCGAUGUAAGAAUGAUGUAAGAGAACUGAAAUACAAUACGCCGGGGAAAUGUAUGGAACCGUUAGUACAAACGGAUCUCUCUGCAUGGUACUACGAUGGGGUCGAAGGUUGUGGGAUACAGUGCGACGAUCCCAUGUUCACUAAUCACCAGCGGGACCAGAUACACAAAAUGGUUGCCUGGGCGGCCACGAUAUGCGCUUUGAACAACCUGUUUGCUGUGCUGACGUUCAUGAUAGACUGGAAGUUUGCGAAUAAAUACCCAGCACUUGCAAUAUUCUACAUCAACUUAUGUUUCCUGAUUGUCUGUAUGGGAUGGUUGGCUCAAUUUCUACCUGGUGGUAGAGAAGAUAUCGUAUGCAGAAAAGACGGGACUUUACGCAUCGCUGAGCCUAGCGCUGGUGAAAAUUUAUCUUGUGUCGUUGUUUAUGUCAUGGUUUACUACUUUUUGAUGGCUGGGAUAGUUUGGUUUGUAAUACUGACUUACGCAUGGAAUUUAAGCCUUCAAGCCUUGGGAAAAAUUCAAGAGAGGAUGGAUAAAAAAGGUGCAUAUUUCCAUAUGGUCGCUUGGUCCCUGCCGCUAGUAUUGACGAUUACAACAAUGGCCCUUGGAGAAAUUGACGGCGAUUCGGUUACAGGGAUUUGUUUUGUCGGCACUGUAAAUGAUGAAUACAGAGCUGGUUUUCUGCUUCUACCCGUCGCUGCAGCUUUGACGAUAGGAACUUAUUUCCUUGCAAAAGGACUUUUUACACUAAUAAGACUGAAGGUAGAUUCUGAAGAAAUAAUCUCACAAAGAGCCAGUGCUAAAAUCAGAGAGACAAUUCUUAGAGUCGGCAUCUUCUCCGUUCUAGUCAUUACAUUUGGUGCUACGACAUUUAUUUGUCACAUAUAUGAAUUUCGUAAUGGAAGCCAAUGGACAAAAAGCUUCCGAACUUAUAUUUUGUGUAGACUCGGUGUCGGUGAGCUGGGAUCUGAAGGUGAAUGCAGAAUGUCCUCGAGGCCAAGCCUGGCGAUGCUACAGCUCCACAUACUGUCGUUGUUUGUUACCGGGAUUUUAAUGUCUUCGUGGGUCUGGACACAAACCACUUUGAACACCUGGACACAUUUCAUAGCAAAACUUUUUAACCGUGAUAUUGAAAACAGAGCUCAAAGGCAGACUAAACCUCUAAAACACAAGCUUAUAGCACAAGCUUAUUCAAAAAGAAAAGAUUUAGAAGAAGGAGGUAGGUUGUCAUUAACAUUCGGCGUGAGUCGUGAAGAUCCCGUGGGGCUUGGUUUUGAGCUAUAUAGUGGUGGAUCUGGAUCAGUCCGCUCCAGUUGGGCUGCCGCACUUCCAAAGUUUGUAACUCGUAGAGGAGCGUUCGUCCCAAAUACAAAUUCAAAUUCCUCCGUAAGGAGAAAUUCUAUCGAUUCACAGAUAAGUUAUAGUGUUCGGAGAGUUUCUGUGGAAUCAAGGCGGCAUUCUGUUGACUCUGCAGUAUCUGUCAAAGUGUCUGAAGUGACGCAGACAUUGGUUAAGAAAGUAUCAACGCCUUUGCACAAACACAGGAUCCAUCGAGGUGGAAGGGCAAGUCGUAAAUAUUCCAAAUCUAAAGGGAGAAAGACUUCAGGAAGGCACAACAGAAAUUCAGCUUCUGCAUCCAGCAAUGAUAGCAAUUUGGCAAUACAGCAACUGAUGUUGAAUUUGGCCCUCGCCGAUUCUGGAGGAGCUGGUCCUUCAAGCCAGCCAAAUUUGAGGGCGUUAGGAUUCAACGGAAUCAGUAAACCAAAACUUGGACGAAGAAAAGCCAACGCUGGCCUCGAGAACAUAAACAAUUUAGCACUUCUUGCCGACAAACUGUCACCCUGGAAUAAGCAGAGCUCGUCUUCAUCAUCUUCAUCAUCCAGAACUACUGGCAAGAGUUCACAACAUGACAUACAAUUAGAUAUUCUGAGAGAUAUUGACCCGGAUUUGGAAAAUGUCCAAAGCACUUCUAAUACGAGAGGAGAAUAAUUGGACAAAAUUAGACAAAUUGUAUGUACGUUUACAUCUAUUGCAACAUAAAGUUCCUGAAUUAUGAUAGUUAAAAUCAGUAUGAUUAAAAAAAAGUUGUGAUUUUACAUGUGCAUUAUUUAUGUAUUUUCUAAUUUAAAUAACGUAUGAAUAUUUCAAGCCUAAUUUUGUAAUUUGACAACAUGACUCUUGUCAUUUAUCUCGUAAGUUGUGUCAUUCAUAUCAUUUUGCUAGUUGACAAUAUUGUUUCUUUAUACUUAUAAAAUAGGAGGAAAAUACUAAAAUAAUAUUAUAAACAUGAUUUAAUGUAAACUAGAAGUAAUGAGUAAUUAAUUUUCAAUGCCAAACAAACUAUGUGCUUUUAGAUUCUUUGCGGUAUGCAAAGAACUUUCAUCUUUAUAAAUGAUCAGUUUAUUUAAAAUUGUAUAUUACUGUAAGUAGCGACGGCUGAAUAAUUAUUUAUAUUCGGUUGCUUUUCUCUAACCAUAAGCUAUGCUGUGACACCCUUCGACCGACUGCUUAAUAAUUGCAGAAUUAUGUUUCCCAGAUUGGUUCCUGUCUGUGUGAUCGCCGCUUUCGAUUUACAACCUGUUUGUGUGGUCACUAAUUAUUUUUUGUUCUUACCUUAACCAGUAAAAUUUAUUCUAAGAUGGUGACCGUCUUACAUCAUCCUUCAAAAAUAAAAAUUAAAGAUGGGUUGGUAUAAUAUUCUGAAACGAUAUGUAUUUUCAUUGAAUAUUUUGGUACAGUCAUAUGAAAGAAUGUGUAUGAAAUAGUUCAAUCAAAAAGUUCGUGUUUAAGUACUUAAUGUAAGUUUUUUUUUUUUUUAAAUUUUGUAACACCUUUUUAGACAUAAAAUUAUGAUGAAACGAUAAAAAGCAAUUUAUUAUGUAUCAAUCAGUUACAGUUUUAAAAAAUUUAUGUAAUGUGUUUGUAAAUUUGUUAUAUUUUU